CCAGCAAAAAGAUGACCUCAAGCCGCAGGCUUAAUCUGAAGAGCAUGAUGCUCCAGGUUGGGCAGCGCUUGCUGGAGGCCGAGGCUCAGCAGAUUAUUAAGGAGAGGGAGACGUACAUGGCCCAAAACUGCCCUUCCCUGAGUCUGUCAGGAACCAUGGAGGAACUGCAGAUUCUUUGCAAAAAGAUCCACCAGACCAUUGAUAAGGUUGAUGAGGAGAGGUAUGACAUGGAGGCUAAGGUUGCCAAGACUGAAAAGGAGAUUCAUGAUCUGAAGCUCAAAGUUAUCGACCUGAAGGGCAAGUUCAAGAAGCCAGCUCUGAGAAAAGUGCGCAUGUCUGCUGAUCAGAUGCUUCAGGCUCUGCUGGGCUCCAAGCACAAGGUGAACUUGGACCUGAGAUCCAACCUGAAGCAAGUUAAAAAAGAAGCCAAAGAGGAGGCUGGAGACGCUGUUGGUGACUGGCGUAAGAACGUUGAGGACAAGGCUGGCAUGGGAGGCAGGAAGAAGAUGUUUGAGGGCGCUGAUGCCUAAAUUGUCUUUUGUUUUGAAAGAAGUAUGUAUGCAUAUUUAGGUAUGUUAGAGUGCACAAAUUAUUAAUAUUAUAAUGUACAGAGU